UUCAACUUAUUUUAGAGAUUUAUUUUUAAGCCGGAUUACCAUGUUGAGCUAAAAAUCAGAAUACAUAUUGGGUAAAGUUACUGAAUAGAUUUGUUGUGAAAAAAAUCUCUAUUUUGCCAACUUAAUGAAUAUAAAGCAUCUAUUGAUUUGGGUAAAUUAUCAGCUAUGAAGAUAAUAUGUGCGGGACUCCAGAAAACUGGAACGAAGUCAUUAGCUGAAGCUUUACGAAUACUCGGAUAUAACGUACAUGAUGUCUUUGAGCAAUUUUACUACGAAAAAGAGUUAUGGAACAAGAUUCUCCGUAAUACAGCUGUCAUUGCUGAUUAUCAAAGAAUUCUCGAGGAUGUAGAUGCUGUAAUGGACUUCCCUGCAGUAGCUGUAUGGGAGAAAAUUAUGGAAGCAUUUCCCGAAGCCAAAAUAAUUUUAACAAUCCGAUCCAACGAAGAUGAUUGGUACACAAGCAUUAAAAACCACAUCGAAGUCAUUAACCAAUAUAUUCCGCAAAGUGAAUUAUUACAACAACUUCUUCAUGUGAUAUUGGGUCCCACGCGACAAGAAUUUAUUCGAUAUGAAUCUGGAUUUAUACCUGCUUGCAUUGGAAUGGCAAGGAUGUGUGGAACACCUAAAGAGCCGAUUCUCAGAUCUCGUUAUCGACAGCAUAAUUGCUAUGUCAAGUCAGCUUGCGAGAAAACGAAACUGUUGAUAUAUAACGUAAAAGAUGGUUGGGAACCUCUUUGCCAUUUCCUUAACAAGAAAAUACCAGAUAGACCUUUUCCAAAGAGGAACAUAAAAGGCGGAAUGGUUCAUGAAGUUGCCCAACAGAAAUGGGAACACGAUUGUGGUUACGCCAAAGCUGUGAACAGAGAAGCGUUGAUCAGAAUUGGAUUUUUGAUAAGUGUGUUGGUUUCAAUAUUAUCUGUCAUCUUGUACUUUUUCACAAUAUAAUAUUCAUAUAUUAUAA